GUAGAUCUAAUUUCAUUUUAUUCAAAAAGGGAUGUAGCAUUCUUGGUUAAAAAUAGAAUUAAAGAAAAAUGAAGUUUGAUACAACAACCAUUUUCGUUACUACCAUGUCUAAAAAAUAGUAUAUUCAUUUGAAGAUGGGAAGUUGUGCCAAUAAUAUUUGUCCAUUGGUUUUGUAGCGUUUAUUUGAAGAUGCUAUUACCCAUUGCUUUGCCCGUUCCUUUACAGGAUUCGUUACCUUCUUCUUGCAAGAAUGUUGAGAUUAAUAAGACUCCUAAUGCAUGUCAAGAGAUACCGAGCCUUUGUAGCAACUUUCUUGACUCUCAUACCAAGUUUGAUGCCAUACCUAGGGAUCAUAUUUUGUGUCUUAUGCAUUUAUUGUUCGCUUGGUGUUCAGAUUUUUGGUGGAAUUGUUAAUGCUGGAAACCCGGAAUUGGAAUCAACAGCUCUUGCUGAAAAUGACUAUUUGGUUUUCAAUUUCAAUGAUUACCCUAAUGGAAUAGUGACACUUUUCAAUUUUCUUGUCACGGCAACCUGGGAUGAAGUGAUGACGAGUUACACGGAACUAACUGGGACUGCGUGGACUUAUUUGUACUUCAUUAGCUUCUACUUAGUUACUGUUUUGCUGCUUUUGAACUUGGUUAUUGCUUUUGUCUUGGAGGCAUUCUUUGCUGAAAUGGAUCUUGAGUCUUCGGAAAGUUCUGAAGGAACGAACAAGGAUGUUGAAGGAGAUAAAUACCGAAAACGGUCUAUUGGCACUAAAACACGAAGCCAGAGGGUUGAUACUCUUCUUCAUCAUAUGUUGAGUGCCGAGUUGUGCCAAAAUCAGCCUUCCAAUACAGCAACUUGAUAAAAUCUGUCACUGAAUAUACAAAGAAGCGCACCUCAUUCUGAUCUUUCAUGUGUUUUAUAUCAUUGCUGUACUCUACGAUAGAACCAGAAAGCACCGGACGAGAUAGAAGAAUUGCAAACGUUGCAGUUUAAUUUGUAGGGGGUAAGGCUUAGAACUUGAUUUUCCCUGAUUGGUGGAAAAGGGUACUUGAACAAUUGUUAAUGAGGCAUGUGCUAAAGUGUGCACUGAAUAGACUAAAUCAUACUAGCCAGAUGCUAUGUUCCAACGGGCUAGAUACGUCUUAUUAUGGCAACCUUUUAUUUUUUAAUUUAAUCUACCUGCCUUUGAUUUUUGUAUUUGUAAUAUUAAUACAGGUUUAGUAGGAUUGCAAACUUGUAUUUAACCGUUCAAGAAAAUAGUACAGCGUGUGCUUGGAUUAGAUUUGACCUUUUUAGAGUGAGAAAGUAAGUGCUUGUUUAUUUCAA